AUGGCCGGGACGACUUCUUCGGCUGCGGAGAUGAUCUCCCAGCUUGAAGCGGCGCGUAAACUCGCUCUGGGAGAUCCUCAAGUAUACAAUCAAGUCCUCCCAGGGAUAUUACCCAUCAUCGGUCCCUCGGCGCACGUCGAAGUGCGAAGAUGGGGUGCGGAAUUUCUAGCAGAGGCAUUCGCGAGCCCUUCUCUCCCCAAUGCGCAGAAAGAACAGCUUUCCUCCGACGUGUUGCCUACCCUACGAACCAUGUUGGACACACCUGGUGAAGAUCCUGCGGUGAUCAAGAGCGUGAUACAAGCGGCUGCGAGUCUAUACCCUCUGGUGUUCAGACGAGUAAUUUCACACCCUACAGAAACGACGUUGUGGCAGGAAAUGAGUCGGAUCAAAUUAAACAUUCUUCAACGCAUGGAUUCUGCUCCCAUCGCAGUCCGGGUUUGUUGCAUCAAAUUCGUGCAAAAGGUCGUCCAUGUAGAGACCCCUGGUUUGAUCUCAGAUCCUCGACGCCCCGAGCAAAACGAGAUUUCCAUUGCCUUGGUCCCACGAACACAUCCUCUACUGCAGCUCCCAAACCUGGAGGCCGAGGCAUCCGGCCUGCUGGACAGACUGUUGAGCGUAUUCCAGGAGGCCACGAUGGAUCCCAUCCUUGUUGAUGCGACGCUCAACUGCCUGGCGGUCCUCAUACGAACACGCCCCGCCAUUUCCACCAAGAUUGUGUCUGCGAUUCUCAACUUCAAUCCAAUGAAACAGGCGAAUGCUCCGCUGACCCCUCGAAUGAUUGUCAUUAUAAGAUCAAUGGAGAGAACAACGAGGGCUUUGCUACGAUGGGCUUUGAGGGCUGUCCCGAAUCACCCUCUGGAACAGAAGAUCCAGGCAUACCUCAUGCGCCUCCAACAGUCACGUUCAACGCUGUUUGCAGAGCCUACGGGACAAAAACGCCCGGCUGAACCCACCGACGGGUUGGAUGAUGCAAAGAGGCAGAGGCUCACGGCGGGAAUUCGCAAAUUUCCACCCAUGCCUCCACCGCCCAACACCUAUGCCCACCUAUUCACCCUCACGGAAGAUACCAGUCUUCAGCAAUUUGAUGUUACUCUUCUCCCUGCUGACAUUGUCAGCACUGUAACCUCGGUCUUCCUGCAACACGUGGACUCGAACUCACUGGAUGUUGCGAUUGAUGCAAUCCGAUCCAGAUAUACUCACUUGCAAAAAGUCAAUCAGCCCACCCCUGUGCCUGAUGUGCCCAUGCUAGGACCUACAGGUAUCGAUGAUGAGGACGAUUACGAUCCUGAGUUUGUCACUGGUACAGAGCCGACGGCCCUGUCGACCACAGAGAGGGCAUUGGAGGAGCUAGCGCAGCCACCUCUUGAGUUGGGCCCAUUCGAGCUACCAAAACCCCCGCCGUUGACUGGGACGGAAGUCGCGACAUUAUCAGAUCAGACGGUUGGACAUGUCUUUCAACUGGUUGCGUCACUCGAGGCUACGGGGCACUCUCAUACGAAGCAGCAACUCGGCCUAAAUCGAAUAGCCGCUAGUGGUAACGAUCGAGACUCUUGGGCAACAAUCCUCAUGCGCCUGGCCACCAGAGCCCCGUCCGGCCUCGAUGACCUCGCCAACACCCUGAACGACGACGACGCGGAUGGGUCCAGGCAGAUCAUCAAAUCAGAAAACACCGAAGAAACACCCAAUGUCGCAAACCGUAUCCGUCAGACGCUAUUCAUGUAUGUCCUCGAAGACUUCCGACCUCGCCUUAAUAUGGCCAUCUCUUGGUUGACCGAGGAAUGGUACGCCGACAAAAUGACCGCAAAGACACACCCAGAACUUGCCCAUCUACCAAACUACACCCGAUGGGCAAAUCGCCUCAUUGAUCGCCUCCUCCCCUAUCUCGACGCCCGAGAUAAGAAUCUGUUAAUACGCUUCCUCUCUGAAAUCCCCAGCAUUGAUCGCGAGAUUCUGAGUCGAGUCAAGAGCUUGGCGAGAGAUCCUGAAAGGAUCAACAUGUGUAUUCUUGCGAUGCAAUACCUUCUAUUGAUGCGGCCGCCAGUGAGAGACAUGGUGUUGGAUACGAUCGAAGUAAUCUGGAGAGAAGGGGAUGAUCAGGCUAGAGGGGCAACCAGUAAGGUCCUGGCGAAGUGGAGACCGGGCUUUCUGGAAAAGGCCGUGAAGGAAGAGGAAGUCGAGUCCAAGGCAAAUGUUAAACAGGAGAUGAGGACGAAUGGCGUCACUAGUCCUCCUCCUGCAGCACCUGCUGCACCGGACACUACCGUGGAAGCAACAGAGCCCAUGAGCAUGGAUCCUAGGAAGAGAAAAGCCCUUGCAGCCGCGAAUGGGUGA